GCUUUCCCCCCGGCCGCCGCGACGAAGCAGGGAUGCGAGUCGGUACCGACAGGCGGGGGGGAGCUGCGAGGCCCCGGGGGUUGGGGAAAGUGGCUGCGGUGUGAGCCCGGUGGCUCGGCAGCGCCUUCCUGCUGACCCUGUAGCAGGGGAGCCGGCGCUUCGGGUGUUGGUUGCAAUUAAAACGCUUCUGGGGCAUGGAUGGCAGGGCGGCGUGGGUGCCCCGCGCUGCAGCCUCCUACCCCGGCUUGCCCGCUCCGGCAGCGAUAAAGCUGUAACGCCUUCGUUUCGGGGCAGGGUCACGCGAGGUUGCCUGUUAUGGUCUACCUGGGCCCAUGCUUAAAAAUAACAGCCAGAAAGUUUCUCCUGAUUUUUUUUUUUUUUUUUUUUAGUUAUUUAUUAACAGAUAUAUGUGGUAAACUUAGAGUUAACCCCCCUGCUUACUAGGCCGGUAAAGACUUCAUAAAGCUAAAGUUACAGUACUAAAUUAAUGUCUCUUUGCCAUUUAAAAAAUUAGAAGCAGAAAUUUGAUUUGACCUGCAACUCUAAGCUUAUUUUGUGGUAUGUCUCUAAGUGCAUGAAAUACUUUGGCAAAUGAGCAUUUAAAAAGUUUUGGCUGCAGCUUCCUCCUCUCCUGGGGAGGAGAGAGGAAGAAAAAAAAAAAAAGGAAAUGUCUGGACUGUCUGCCCUCUUCAUGCAAGACUCACCAGCGUGGACAUGCAUAUGCACGUCAUCUAUGUGAAACACUGAACGCUUUGCUUCAUGGGCUGCUGCUUUCAGGUUCCUGAGCUGGAUGGCUCUGCAGCAUAUGGGCAUGUCUUACCUUGCAUUUCUUAGAGAUCUGUGGCCUUAGAGGUAAUGUUCUCAAAAGUCAGAGGAGCUGUGCUCACAGACAGAAAUAGGAAGGAUACAGAGCUUCAUUAUAGAUCUUAUACUCUCUACAUUACAGAUAUUGCUGUUGUAGAGAUGAGUGAUGCCUUCCGUCAGCCUUCGUUGUUCUACCACCUGGGAGUCAGAGAGAGCUUCAGUAUGGCUAACAACAUUAUCCUCUACUGUGAUACAAAUUCUGAGUCUCUGCAGUCACUGAAGGAAAUUAUUUGCCAGAAGAAUAAUAUGUGCACUGGUAACUACACAUUUGUUCCUUAUAUGAUAACUCCACAUAACAAGGUGUACUGCUGUGAUAGUAGUUUUAUGAAGGGACUAACAGAGCUGAUGCAACCCAGCUUUGAGUCACUGCUUGGGCCUAUAUGCUUACCUUUGGUGGAUCGAUUUAUUCAGCUCUUGAAGGUGGCACAGGCCAGUUCAAGCCAGUACUUCCGGGAAUCCAUUCUUAAUGACAUCAGGAAGGCUCGUACCCUCUACACAGGCAAAGAGCUUGCAGCAGAGCUGGCAAGGAUUCGGCAGCGAGUGGAUAAUAUUGAAGUUUUGUCUGCUGACAUUGUAAUAAACUUGCUGUUGUCCUAUAGAGACAUCCAGGAUUAUGAUUCCAUUGUGAAACUGGUGAAAACCUUAGAAAAACUGCCUACUUUUGACUUGGCGUCCCACCACCAUGUGAGAUUUCAUUAUGCAUUUGCACUGAACAGGCGAAAUCUGCCUGGAGACAGACAGAAAGCUUUAGAAAUUAUGAUUCCUUUGGUAGAACAGGAAGAUCAAGUAGCUUCAGAUAUGUACUGCCUGGUUGGUCGAAUUUACAAGGACAUGUUUUUGGAAUCUGGAUUCAUAGAUAUAGAAAGCAGGGACAAAGGGACGUUCUGGUUCAAGAAGGCAUUUGAGUCAGAGCCAACAUUGCAGUCAGGAAUCAAUUACGCAGUUCUCCUCCUGGCAGCUGGACAUUGCUUUGAUACUUCCUUUGAGCUUCGGAAAGUUGGGGUAAAGAUCAGCAGCCUGCUUGGUAAAAAGGGGAGCUUGGAGAAACUGCAGAGCUAUUGGGAAGUAGGAUCUUUCUUGGGGGCCAGUAUGUUGGCUAAUGACCACAUAAGAGUGAUCCAGGCUUCAGAAAAGCUGUUUAAGCUAAAGGCACCAGCAUGGUACCUGAAGUCUAUCGUAGAGACUAUUUUGAUAUAUCAGCAUUUUAAGAAACUGAAUCCUGAACAACAUAUGGCCAAACAGGAACUUGUGGACUUCUGGAUGGACUUCCUUGUUGAAGCCACAAAGACAGAUGUGACUGUAGUUAGAUUUCCAGUUUUAAUAUUGGAACCAACAAAAAUCUAUCAACCCUCAUAUCUCUCCAUCAACAGUGAAGCUGAGGAGAAGACUGUGUCUAUCUGGCAUGUGCUGCCUGAUGACAAGAAGGGUAUUCAUGAGUGGAACUUCAGUGCUGCUUCCAUCAGGGGAGUAAGCAUUUCGAAGUUUGAAGAACGGUGCUGUUUUCUGUAUGUGCUGCACAACUCAGAUGACUUUCAAAUCUAUUUCUGCACGGAACUUCACUGCAGAAGGUUUUUUGACAUGGUGAACAGCAUCACUGAAGAAAUAGGGAAGACUACAGAGGAAGGGGAAUGUGAUGGAGACUCCCUGGAGUAUGAUUAUGAAUAUGAUGAAAAUGGUGAGCGAGUAGUUCUUGGGAAAGGAACAUACGGCAUUGUAUACGCAGGACGAGAUUUGAGCAAUCAAGUCAGAAUCGCUAUUAAAGAAAUCCCAGAAAGAGAUAGCAGAUACUCCCAACCUCUGCAUGAAGAAAUAGCUUUGCAUAAACAUCUCAAACAUAAGAACAUUGUCCAGUAUUUAGGAUCUCUUAGUGAGGAUGGUUUCAUUAAGAUAUUCAUGGAGCAGGUGCCCGGUGGCAGUCUUUCUGCUCUUCUACGAUCAAAAUGGGGACCAUUAAAAAAUAAUGAGCAGACAAUUGGCUUUUACACCAAGCAGAUUCUUGAAGGAUUAAAAUACCUCCAUGAUAAUCAAAUAGUGCAUCGAGACAUAAAGGGUGAUAACGUGCUGAUCAACACAUACAGUGGAGUGUUAAAGAUUUCGGACUUUGGAACUUCAAAGAGACUUGCAGGAAUCAACCCGUGUACUGAAACCUUCACUGGUACCCUUCAGUAUAUGGCACCAGAAAUCAUUGACAAAGGGCCCCGUGGCUAUGGGAAAGCUGCAGACAUCUGGUCUUUGGGAUGCACAAUCAUUGAGAUGGCUACAGGAAAACCCCCAUUUUAUGAACUGGGAGAACCACAAGCAGCUAUGUUUAAGGUGGGAAUGUUUAAAAUACACCCAGAGAUUCCUGAAUCCAUGUCUGCAGAAGCCAAGGCUUUCAUAUUGCGUUGCUUUGAACCAGAUCCUGAUAAACGAGCUUUUGCUCAUGAACUACUUGUAGAUGAAUUCUUGAAGGUUUCAAGCAAAAAAAGAAAGUCCCCGUCAAAACUCUCAGUUCUCUCAGCUAACACAAAUGAGUAUCUUCGAAGUAUAUCCUUACCUGUUCCUGUUCUGGUGGAAGAUACAAGUAGCAGCAGUGAAUAUGGUUCGGUCUCACCUGAUACAGAAUUAAAAAUUGAUCCAUUCUCUUUCAAAACAAGAGCUAAAUCCUGUGGAGAAAAAGAUGGGAAGGGAAUCCGGUCCCUUUUUCUGAGCAUCCCAGAUGAAAAUUUUGAGGAUCACAGUGCACCUCCUUCACCUGAAGAGAAAGAUUCUGGGUUUUUCAUGCUGAAGAAGGAUAGUGAAAGGAGAGCCACCCUUCACAGGAUAUUAACUGAGGACCAAGAGAAGGUGGUGAGGAACUUGAUGGAAGCUUUGGCUCAGGGAGCCGAAGAGCCCAAGCUAAAAUGGGAACACAUUAUGACGCUCGUUUCCAGCCUCAGAGAGUUUGUACGGUCCACUGAUCGUAAAAUCAUCGCAACCACUCUUUCAAAACUGAAACUGGAGUUAGACUUUGACAGCCAUGGUAUCAGUCAAGUGCAACUUGUGUUGUUCGGUUUUCAAGAUGCUGUCAAUAAAGUUCUCCGAAAUCAUAACAUCAAGCCACAUUGGAUGUUUGCAUUGGACAGCAUAAUUAGAAAAGCCGUGCAGACAGCUAUUACUAUUCUGGUCCCAGAAUUGAGGCCACAUUUUAGUCUUGCAUCUGAAAGUGAUGCAGCAGAUCAAGAUGAUAUAGAAGUUGAAGAAGAUCAAGAUGACCAGCCUCAGAAUCAAACUAUCCAACAGCCUUGCAUUGUCAUGGAAGAUGCAAUAGCUACCUCAGGUGUGAGCACACUCAGCUCUACGGUAUCCCAUGACUCCCAGGCUGCUCAAAGGAUGCUGAGUGUCCAGCUGGGCAGGCUAAAAUUAGAGACUAACAGGUUAUUGGAGGAACUGGUUCAAAAGGAGAGAGAAUUUCAAGUCCUUCUACAUCAAGCUAUAGAAGAAAAAGAUCAAGAAAUCAAAAACCUGCGGCUUAGGUCACAGCCAAUAGAUAUUCCUGGAUUGUCUGUCUGUCAUCGUCAUUCCACUGGCACAGGGACCGAAGACCCUGAUCUCAUAAACUGGUUGAGUGUUCAAGGAGCUGAUGAGGCCACAAUAAACAAGUUCUUGGCUGAAGACUAUACAUUAAUGGAUGUUCUCUGCUAUGUUACACGAGAUGAUCUGAAAUGUUUGAGACUGAGAGGAGGAAUGCUAUGCACCCUCUGGAAGGCCAUUACUGACUUUCGGGAGAAACACACCUGACACUGAAAUCUAUCUUCGCUUCUCUGCAGAGAGGAAAAGGUUUCUUUUCAGCACAGAGCAGGUGUGCUGUCAGAAGGACUGUUGCACUUUAAUCCAGUAUUUGUUUACCAAUGUUAAAAACACUGCAGCUUCCUGACUGCUUUUACGCCUAUAAUCCAUAAAGAAUCUGUAAACAACCUGCAACAUUAUUUUACUUUAACUGUUUAUAUAUGCAAGUUUUUUGAAAAUUAAGGAAAAACAAAAAUUAACUCACGAAAUAUUGUACUUAACGUAACCAGAUGUUAAUUUCACGAAAAACUGAUGUAAGAUUUCAUGUGACUGUGCAUCACUGGAACAAAACCAAAAUGUGACAACUUCUCAAGUUUUUUUCUUUGUAAUGCAUCUCAGUAAUCUGUAGUAGAAAUUCAUAAUUUCAAUCAUAAUUAGAUAUUUUUCUUUUAGUGUGUAAGACCUAAAAGUAAUUGUUUUUACCUAUUGCCCUACAUAGUUUAAUAUUGUUUAUUUUUGGUAACUUAAGUUCUAUGGUGCAUUUGUUUUAGUUGUUUAUGUACUACUGAACUGUACCAGUUGCAUACACCUCAACCAUAGUAAUGUUAGCUUGUUCUAAAGCUAUCUGACAUACACAGUUGAAAAUAAAAGAACCUACGAGUUGC